AGGCGCGCAAGCGGAAGUCAGUUACAAAGUUGGUUCGGGCCUUUUGUGCUGAAGGAAAGUAUAAAACCGAAAGACAUUAGUACUUUCGAGACAGAUCCCAGAAGUUCGAACCAUCGUACUGGUGAAUAGCGGAAUUUAUUCAGACCAGCGCACAGACGAGGGCUCAAAUUCCGGCGAACGCAAACAUGAUGAUGGCAGCUUACCUGGGGAGGAGGGCUAAACUUGGCCGAUCACAAGAAGACCAAGAAAAUUUACCAGGCACAUCAGAAAUCAUCAAAGCACUGUCCGAGCAACAACUUACGAAUCCCGGUGAGGGGAAAGUGCUAUAUAUUCAAGGAAUAAAGAACAAUGGGAACUGGAGGCCCAUGUGUUAUGCAAGCCAGAAUUUCAGGGCAUAUUACACUCUGCAGCUCUUUAACGCUCGAGUUAGCUUAACAAAAAAGGCUAUCGAGAAAGCAAUUGAACAAGAGUAUGUCCCUCAACGUUUCUUCAAGAGUGUAAAGACUGUGUUGAGCCUGGGCUGUGGGCCUGGUUCCGAUCUCCACGGGUUUAAAACCUUCCUUAGCGAGGCUUUUCCGUUCAGCUCGAGAGGGAAGAAGUCACCACAGUUCAUUGGCUACGACAGAGAGCUGGGCUGGAUGCACUAUGUUCAAAGCUUGGGGUUUGAAUUUGAAAGCGUGGAAAUAAACAAAACACUUAUCAACGACAUGGACAAAGUUGACGUGAUGUUAAUAUCGUACAGCGCUAAGGAACUAUUUCGUGAUUUCAACCGCGAGAAAAACGAUGAAACAUUCUGGAAGGCAAUAUCUAAGAAAGCGAAAUUUGUACUGGUUAUUGAUGACGAAAAAUGUUCGUAUGAUGAUCUGCCGACGGAUGACGAAGACUACGAGUACUUUACCUGGGAUAAUGAGCAGGGAGAGACUGAGGCUGUUAUUUACUGUCACUUUACAGCAGAGGGUUAAAAACGUUCAAUAAUGAAAACAAAAAACUGGAAAUUUCGAUUGCAAGCAAUAUGACAAUCAUAGAAUCGUAGAGUCGAUAAGGAUACGCUUAUAUGUUUUUGUGUCUCAAUAUUUCUCCAUAUUGUAAAUUCAUGACUUUAUUUAUAAAGAAUAUGAAUUGAGAUUACAACACGUUUAUUAUCGAAUUAUAUAUUAAAAAACAUAAAUUGAAAUUAUAAAUCACUCUAAUUAACGGUUACCUAGGAUAUACACCGAUAAUAGUAUCUAUUGUUAAUCAAGUGGCCUACAACUUUAUCGGUGUGAAAAUGAUGUUAUAGAACAUCUAAAAAUUUUGAAGUAUUUUUAUUCAUCUUAUACCCUUAAGUAAAUUCCUGCUCUGGUUUACGUGCUAUGCCAGAAUAAAUUCUUUCUAGAAGGCUAGUGUGUACUGGUCGACAACCAGUUCAUGAGAUGAAAAAAGGCCGAAUUGAAUUGCUUAAAUUUCGUGUUCUGAGGCUAAAUGUUUACACUUCUAAAUAACUUUGACACUAUUAUGUCGCUUGAUAUGAUCUCAUAGAUUUUAUCGUACUUAAAUAUAUAACUUUUGGUAUACAAGAGGCACACACUAUGCUUUAAAAAACGUGUAUGAUC